AUGUGGUUGCUGCAUACGAGCACAGCCGAACUUCAACACUUCAACGGCCCACACGACGUCAAAACCGGCUAUGCGAUCUUGUCGCACGUCUGGCAGGAGCACGAACAGUCCUUCCAGGAGCUGCAGGCACUCCGCACGCAGCUCGCGUCUGCAGGUCAAGUCGAUCUGCUACGCUCCCGCGUCUCAGACAAGAUCAGGGAGUGCUGCGCACUCGCGGAGUCGCAUGGCUACGAGUGGCUCUGGAUCGACACCUGCUGCAUCGACCGCUCGAGCAGCGCCGAGCUCUCCGAGGCGAUCAACUCCAUGUACGAGUGGUAUGCGCACGCGCAGGUUUGCUACGCGUAUCUGCACGACGUCCCGCCCAUCCGCGACGUCCGCCCUCGGGAUCUCGUCAUGCGGAGGAGCAAAUGGUUCACGCGGGGGUGGACAUUACAGGAGCUCAUUGCGCCCCGGAGCCUCCUGUUCUUUGCGCAGGACUGGACCAUGAUCGGCACCAAAGCGGGCCUGGCGACCCUCCUCGAGGAUAUCACCGGGGUCGACGCGGACGUGCUGACGUUCCGCCGCGAGCUAGGCGACGUGAGCGUUGCGCGGCGGAUGUGGUGGGCGUCUGCGCGGAAAACGACACGCGUCGAGGACGAGGCAUACUGCCUCAUGGGCAUCUUCGGGGUGCACAUGGCGACCAUAUACGGCGAGGGGCGCAGAUCGUUCCAACGGCUCCAGGAAGAAAUCCUAGGACGGACGUCCGACCAGAGCCUUUUCGCGUGG